ACACACGCCGUCUUGUGAUCCCUGGCACAACCCGCGCGCAGCGUCGGGUGGGCGGGGCAACCAACCGCCGGCGAGCCGAUCCGAGCCGAUCCCGCUGCACGUCGGGAGCAGGAGGGGGACGCAGAAGCAUCGAUGCCUCCGGCUCUCUCCUCACAUCCUGGCCCUGCUCCUGUUCUCGUCGUCGGGCCUCCUGCGCUGAGAGCAUGAGAGGAUGGCGGAGCAGCGACGCGGGGACCACGACGCACGGCUGCUGACGGAUGCUGCUGCAGCGACCCGCCGGGGUGAGCAGCAGCAGCCGCAGCAUCAGCAUCAGCAUCAGCAUCAUCGCGCCAUGACUUCGGCGGAGGACGCGGCUGCAGAGGGCCUGUCUCUGGAGGAGAUACUGAGGCUCUACAGCCAGCCCAUCAACGAGGAGCAGGCAUGGGCGGUGUGCUACCAGUGCAGCAGGACGCUGGCGAGGGGACACCGCGGCAGGAGGAGCUCCGCCGCCGCCGGAGCAUCCUCAGCAUCCUCAGCAUCCUCAGCGGCGGCGGCUCCGAGGAGGAUCUCCGGACCGGGGGACGUGAGGAUACAGAGAGAUGGGUCCGUGAGGGUCGAACACCAGGGAUGUGAAGAUAAAUUCAGCCCUUGCACAACAACAGAGGUGAUCGAGUCUCUGGGCAUCAUGAUCUACAAGGCUCUGGACUACGGGCUGAAGGAGAACGAGGAGAGGGAGCUCAGCCCUCCCCUGGAGCAGCUCAUCGACCUCAUGACCAACAUGGCCGAGGCCGCGGGGGACGCCUGCCCCGACGAAGGCUACGAGGCCACGGAGGAAGAGGAUGAGGCGGAGGACGACCCCGACAACAUCUUCAGCGUUCCCGGUUACGGAGAUAUCCUCAAGCUGUGUACAGCUCAUCUCCCCGGUCUGUCGGACGCCCCCAGUCACUACCAGGCCGUGUGUCGGGCUCUGUACACAGAAACCAAGGAGCUGCACACUUUCCUGGAGAAGAUCAGGAGUGCCAAAGAGAACCUCCGUAAAAUGGAAGCGUCGUCGGAUGAGCCCGGCCGUGAGCUGAACGAGCUGCAGAACGCCGACUGGGCACAGUUCUGGGUUCAGGUGAUGAGGGACCUGCGCGACGGAGUCAAGCUGAAGAAGGUGCACGAGCGUCAGUACAACCCCCUGCCCAUCGAGUACCAGCUCACCCCCUACGAGAUGCUCAUGGACGACAUCAGAUCCCAGCGCUACAAACUGCGCAAAGUCAUGGUGAACGGAGACAUCCCGCCCAGGCUAAAGAAGAGCGCUCACGAUGUCAUCCUGGAGUUCAUCCGGUCCAGACCACCGCUCAACCCCGUGUCGGCUCGCAAGCUGAAGCCGCAGACGCAGCUUCCUCCGACCCUGCAUGAGCGCAUCCUGGAGGAAAUCAAAGCGGAGAGGAAACUGCGGCCGGUGUCACCGGACGUGGUCCGCAGGGGGAGGCUGGGUUUUGGCAAAACUCGCAGUAUGCCACAGGAUUUGUUCCGUACAGGACUAGAUGAGUUCAGUCCGUACAUGGGCAGGAGGACGUCCAGCUCUCUGUCUCUGACCAAUGGGACGGCGUCGCCCAGACUAGAACCCUCCGGAUGUCACUCUGCACCCCAGAGGAAGAGACUCCUGAAGGCUCCGAGCCUCGCCGAGCUGGACAGCUCUGACUCCGAUGACGAUAUUUUCGGGCGCAUAUCGGCCAGCAGCUCCAGCGUGGCCACGUCUCAGAUGGAUGACACAUCGCCAGAGUGUGCGCUCGGGAAGAAGACGCCCCCCAUGUUCCUGCCCAUCUCCUCCACACCGCAGCCGGAGAGGCGUCAGACGCCCCAGAGGAGACACUCCAUCGAGAAGGAAACCCCGACCAACGUGCGGCAGUUUCUGCCGCCGUCCAAACAGAGUUCCAGGUCCCUGGAGGAGUUCUGUUUCCCUGUGGAGUGUCUGUCCCUGACGGUGGAGGAGGUGAUGCACAUCAGACAGGUGCUGGUCAAGGCCGAGCUGGAGAAGUUCCAGCAGUACAAGGAAAUCUACAACGCCAUGAAGAAAGGAAAGCUUUGCUUCUGUUGUCGAACCAAAAGGUUUUCCCUCUUCACCUGGUCCUACGUCUGCCAGUUUUGCAAAAAGCCCGUGUGUUCACAGUGUUGUAAAAAGAUGCGGCUGCCGUCCAAACCGUAUUCCAGUUUGCCCAUCUACUCCAUCGGCUCCACCAACACUCUCCCGAGGGAGAGGAUAAGUUCCAUGGCGGCUCUGGGACAAGGACAGUCCGUGGCAGCGGGGCCGGGCCCGUCGGUGGAGGGAGGGGCCGCGGCGUCCCCCGCAGUGAAGAGGCCGACGGCGGGGGCGUCCAAAGCAGCCGCCAAAGCCUCUGGAGCCGCAGCCGCAGCUGCUGCGAAAUCAGAGAAGUCCUCCAGUAGCCCACAGCGCCACAGCAUCCAGAAGACCAUGUCCAAGUUUUCCAAGCACGGCUCUCUGAAGUCCCACGAUGAGCUGGAGCUUCCCUCCGAGCUGACGGAGGACUGGGCCACCAUGGAGGUGUGCGUGGACUGUAAGAAGUUCAUCUCGGAAAUCAUCGCCUCCGGCAAGCACAGCCUGUCGCUGGCCACCAAGAGGGCUCGCUUAAAACGCAAGACCCAGUCCCUCUACAUGUCCUCCCCCAAAGGACGGGAGGAGUACCGGCCCUCGGAACGAAAAAUCAACGAGAUCUGAACCUCUGCGUCCGCCGUCUCCCUAUUGCACACUUAGAAAACCUGGAUAUGAGGAUUACUGUACGUGUACACUCGAGUGGCGGACGUGAGCCGUGGUCUUGGACAGUGCGUGUGGUCUUGUCGCUGUGUCCUGGUCAAACCUUGUACAGCUCCUCCUCCGGACAGCAACGGCGUACUGUACAUACAUUUUCCUUUUUCUUCAACAGUGUCACAGAUGAAUCCUUUAAUCUCUUGGCGAAAGAGACGAGAACGAUGCCUCAGAAGCGGACCGACCUCCCUCCUGUCUGCUCGCACAACAGCACGGUCCGCCCCAACUCACACAUGCAAAUCAAUAAAGCACAAGAGGAAGGACUGAUGUGUGUGUGCGUGUGUGUGUGUGUGUGUGUGUGUGUGUGUGACAUCCCCCAGGAGACACACGGCCUGUCGUGACCUGAGCGUGACGCAACCAACUGUGGAAUAUUACACUGUUAGUUUUGUAUGGGGUUUAAUUUAGUUUCUUUUUCUUUUUUUUACACGUGUAUGUACAGUAAAUGAUUGUUCGAUAAACAGUCGCCCUUUGUUUUUUUAAUUUGAGGCUGUAUUUUCGCUGAUGAUGCUUAAUGAUGCUGUCGACUUCCUCUUGGAGAAACCGAGGAGGCUUUUCUUUCAUCACGUUUAGAAACAUCAUCCGUCUUUACUGUUGAAUUCGUGCCAAAAUAAUUCACUUGAUUCUCAUCAGUGUAGAAGCGCCGGGUGUGUAUCGUGUAUUUGCCCUGAAUCUUUUCAACAAGAUGACCCCGACCCCUGACUCGUAGAAGCCCCUCAAAAUGUGGUUCCAAAUCAGAUCCAUGUCCAAAGUCGAUCUCUGGAUUGGCCCCUGGUGACAUCAUCAGGGCUCAUGUAGUGCUUCCCAUUACUUCCUGUUUUUUUGCAACUGGUGCAGUGACCCGAAAAUAAUUGAACCCCAUCAGACCGAUGCUGCCAAAUCCGGAUUGGUGCGCCAACCGAGUCCCGCCCACUCUAAAUCAGUGACAUAAGCACAUGGCAAAUGGAGAAAUAUAGAGAAGAAAUAUGUUAAUGUACUGUGUUCAUGUAGGACCCCGUCACAAACAGUCGGUUUCUGAUCCAGGGUUUUUACUGUAUGUGCACAGGAGCAGGCGCAGGUACCUGCAGUUACCAUGCAGGAUUUUUCAGACUUGCCUUUUAAUAAUUUACACAAAUGAUCUACAUAUUUUGGAAUUUAUUUUUUAAGCGUACCUUUACGUUGAUGUGUGUGUGUGUGUGUAUACAUGUUAACUCCUCAAUUAGAUUCCUGACUUGAGUUUUUCUCAUAUUCAUGUGUUUGUGGUGAUGUAGAGUUUAUGAAACCCACCUCUCAGUACAGGAAGCAAAAACAUAUGUUUGACACAUACGAUAAGUCUUAAUAUAAUUGCCUUUAUGAUUUCCUUUCAUCAUCCAGAGCCCCCAUUGGCAGGAUGGAAUACCUGACCUGUGGCCCGGGUCCAUUUUACUCUUCAUCACAUUCCUCCCCAGAUAUUUCUGCCUUAAUAAUCGCCUUUCUUUAUGGUCACACUCAUACGCUGGAACAGUCGUCUAUUCUGUUACUGUACAUACUUUGUUUCCGGUGGUUUUGCCUCGGUGACAUCUCGACAGUGGGGCGGCUGUAGAUCCGUGUCUCAGUGUGACCAGCUCGGCAUGAAGCGGAGGAGUCGGAGGUGGGACAGACGGCAUCACGCAUGUACUACAGUGUAGCUCGUACCUUAAGUCUGUGUUACCUUCAAGCUGCAACUCCCCGCAGAGUUCGCAACAGAUGACGACUAGAACAAUAAACAGUGAUGAGGAAA